AUGGAGUACGUCAUAGCCAACGAAAAACGGAACCGCAAAGAAAUGGCUGAGCUCAAGCUGCUCAUGAAGUCACGUUUAAUGGGUGAAGGCAAACAGACUGCUACACCCAGCACCCACCGAGAGCGCUAUCAGAAGCUUGCUGUGAAGCGGGUGCCAAUGUUGCCCGCACACUUCGGAAAGCGGCCGGACUGGGCAUCCCUCUUCGCCGCAGACCCGCCCCGGCCUGGGUCGUCCGAGAGCAGGACAGUCCAACCCUUUUGGUCAAGCAUCAUCCCUCAGCUUCCAAGAGACGAGGUCGUCCUUGUGGACAAGCACUCUACAGUCUCGUUCGGCACCUGCAAUCCCGACAUCGUGGGCUACCUCGCUGGCCAACCCAAAAGCGUGGCCCAUAUCGUGCUCAUCGGUGAGCUCAAGGCGAGACGCUCGGCUGGCAAGGAUGAUUUCGACGACGAGGAGAAGGGCCAUCUCGAAUCUUUCCUCGAAGAGCUGCUCCUCAACUAUCAGCCCUGGCGCUCGUCGAUGUUUGGGUUCCUCAGCGACGGCGUUUUGAUCCAGUUCUUCAGGCUCGUGGUGAGACCGAAGAAGGAGCUUUACGAAGGGAAGCCGAUGCAGCUCGUCGAGGACGGAGCCCGGGGGCUCGCCACUCUGCUCGAGAGCCCGAACUACAACGGCCUCCAGCUAGAAAUCCGCGGUGCGCCCGUCCGCGUGAAGAGCUACCUCGGAAGCGGUGGCUCGGCGAUCGUCUUCUCCGGCAAGUACAAAGGAGAGGAGGUCGUCAUCAAGCGGUUCAAUGAGGACAGAGUAGCGGCUCUGAGCCACAGCAGACACGAAUUUGAACGCAUGGGCGACGUUCUGAUCCUGCAACCGGUCGGAGACAAGUUUGCGUCAUCAGUGAACAACUGGGAUCAUGCGCUCGCCAAUCGAGAUGACUUUGUGCAGCUCAUCAACAUCCUCGAGCAAGCCCACAAGAAAUGUGGCCUGGUCCAUCGCGACGUCCGCUUGAACAACUUCUUUCGAAUCAAGGGAACCACUCAAGUUUUCCUCAACGACUGGGGCUCGGCCGCGGCGGCUGGCGUGCUGGCAGACUUCGACGGAGCCCUCCAGCACGCGCCCGACGAGAUACUCGACAGCUGGGAGAGUGGUGAUCAGUACCGGCCGGCGUUCUCGCACGACCUGGAGAUGGUGGUGCGGACAGUCUUCCACAGCACCAACAUGAUGACCUUCCGCGAGAUCGAGGCCGAGGAGGACGUCCAGAAGCUGCGCGCGUUCUGGGCUCAUCAUCUGGAGCCCGCCGUGUGGCAGCGCAUGCUACAAGCAGCGCAAGCGUGCCAAUACGCAGCUCUCAAGGCUAUCAUCGCCGAGCUUCUCCCCGGACAGGUCCCACUCCCGCCUUUGCUUAUCACUAAGUGCUACGGCGAAACAGUAGUCAACUGA